CGCCGCCUUCCCGCACCACCUUCCCGCCGACCGUCUCUAAAGGGCGUUCUCGUUUCCUCCGGUUUCUUAUGAACCAGGAUGGGCAGCAAGGAAGAUGCGGGCAAGAGGUGCCCGGCGGCCGGCGUCUCCAGCUUCUCCAUCCAGUCCAUCCUGGGCGGGGGCCCCUCCGAGGCCCCGCGGGAGCCGGCCGGCUGGCCCGCCAGGACGCGCAGCCUGUCCGUGUCCUCGGAGGAGGAGGAGCCGGACGAUGGCUGGAAGGCGCCCGCCUGCUUCUGCCCCGACCCGCGCGGCCCCACGGAGCCGGGCGCCCGGCGCCACGCCCCCAUCCCCUUCCCCGGCCUGGGCGCCCCCAAGGCCGGCGGCGGCGCGGGCCCGGCCGGCUCGCCGCACCUGCCCUUCCUCCCGCCGCACCCGGACUGUAAGGAGGAGGAGCGGCUGCGGCCCGCGGGCUCGCCGUCGCCCGGCCCCGAGCGGCCGCGGGAGGGCGGCGCGGAGCGGCCGGCGGGCGCCGCCAAGAAGAAGACGCGCACGGUCUUCUCGCGCAGCCAGGUCUACCAGCUCGAGUCCACCUUCGACCUGAAGCGCUACCUGAGCAGCGCCGAGCGCGCCGGCCUGGCCGCCUCCCUGCAGCUCACCGAGACGCAGGUGAAGACGUGGUUCCAGAACCGCCGCAACAAGUGGAAGCGCCAGCUCUCGGCCGAGCUGGAGGCCGCCAACAUGGCCCACGCGUCGGCGCAGACUCUGGUGGGGCUGCCGCUCGUGCUCCGGGACAGCUCGCUGCUCCGCGUGCCCGUGCCGCGCUCGCUGGCCUUCCCCGCGCCGCUCUACUACCCCGGCGGCGGCAGCCUGCCCGCCCUGCCGCUCUACGGCCUGUACAACAAGCUGGACUACUGACCGCGUGUCCAUGCGCCCGGCCUCGCGCCCCCGGCGCCCCGCGCCCCCGGUGCCCCGGCCCUGCGCCCAGGCCCGCCGCCGGGAGCCCCCAGCGCGAUCCCAGGGCGGCUCCAGCUCCCGAGCGGGCGGCGAGCGGCCAGAAACACCGAGAAAUACACCGUGUGUAUUCCUUACCUCCUGUUUAUGGCCUCUGCCCCCCUCUCUCCUGUGGAUCUUUUGGGGGCUUAUGGGUCUGCCUCGGGCCAGACCCGCUUCUGCCCCAAACCAACCGGGAGGCUGGACAACCCGCGGGAAGGGGUGUCCUCCCGGGGCGGUGGGAAAAGCGGCCGGGCCGGCGGGAUCGCUGGGGAGAAGCCAACCAGACAAACAGGGAAACACCAGCCCGGCCUCCGCGCCCUCCGCCUCCGCACACACGUCCCUGCGCCCAGUCCGCCACGGCCCCGGCGCCUCGGACCGUGACCUCCGCGCCGCCUUUCCGUUUCCCUCUUCCCGAGGAGGGGCGGGGGCGAAGGUGAGGUUCCAGAUCUGUACAUAUUUUUAAAGAAAAGGAAAUAAACCACUUUA